AUGCAGGCAGCUCUCAAACUGAAGUCCACUAUCCUACAGAAAAAGAAACCUGGCCCAUUGACAUCCGGUUCCACAGAGGUUCCAGAAUUGCAACAGCUCUGGGCAUUGUGUGUUGAUUCAAAUUCCACUAUUUGCCAUGCAAAUGUUGAACUCCUUCUUAAUUUGGUCUAUUCAAAUGAAGCCGACUACACAUAUGUACUCAAUGGCAUUCUUAAUCUAAUACCUACAGCAAAACAUUUAUCACCACUGAUCACUGCCAUUAGAGAGCUUCUCAUUUUACAAGUCCUGAUCCAUGAAAAACUCUCUGACAAGCCCUAUGUGAGCAUAUACUCAAUGAGAACUCCACCUCACCCACUGAUCACAGUGAGUACAAAUCGACCAGAGAGUUGGCCACUUCUACAGCAACAGGUGCACCUUAUAUGUAACCAUUCUGAAUCUGUAGUCCACCAAAAUGCCAUUGCUAUCCUCAGGCCGUUUUUGCUUUACAUUCUCAUUGAUCCAUCUCAACAUGACCACUUUCUUCGUCUACGCUAUGCUCUCAGGCAGACACUCUUUCAACAAGCUUCCAAAGCCGUGGAUCAACAACAUAACCAGUAUCUGACUUUCUUGUGCUCUCUUCUAUCUUCUCUACAGUUAGGUAGUAUCCACUGUCUUGGAGAAGCUGUCCAGUUUAUCAGUGAUGUGCUACACCUUUUGUCACAAAGAACUCAAUAUUCAACGGAAUUGGCUCCAGUGAUAGACCAUGCUAUGUCCAUAUCUUUUCUUCUCUUCCGCAUCUUUUUCUUUCUUCACACCCUCCUCCUCCCUUUACCUGAGCUUUUCUUCCCUUCCCCAUCUUCCUUCUUCACAUCCUCCUCCUCCCUUUACCUGAGCUUUUCUUCUCUUCCCCAUCUUUUUCUUUCUUCACACCCUCCUCCUCCCUUUACCGGAGCUUUUCUUCCCUUCCCCAUCUUCCUUCUUCACAUCCUCCUCGUCCCUUUACCCGAGCUUUUCUUCCCUUCCCCAUCUUUUUCUUUCUUCACACCCUCCCCCUCCCUUUACCCGAGCUUUUCUUCCCUUCCCCUUCUUCUUCUUCCUUCUUCACAUCCUCCUCCUCCUUCUCUCUUUACCCUAGCUUUUCUUCUCUUCCCUCUUCUCCUUCUUUCUUCAUAUCCUCUUCCUCCCUUUACCUUUGCUUUUCUUGAAUUACUUGUUUUUUCCUCCAAUCAAAAUAUUAUCCUUUUGGCAAGGAUGUUACUUGAAAGUGAUUCUGAUAUUUCUGAAGAGCUACUACAAAUUGCUUUGCUUUAUUUGACAAACUCUGCUGUUGAUUUAAUGCAUACAAUUCUGUGUGGCUGUCUGGUGCUUCCUGUAUUGCAUUUGAUGUUGGCCCCCCAAGUGAGUUCUUCUGUACAGCACUCACUACAAAUGGCCACUACUUCUCUCAUUGAAGCAUUGGAAAAGUUACAUGUUAACCAUUCUAAAGACUCUGAGGAAGGAAAAAACCAAAGUUCUACAAAAGAAACAUCAACAUGUGACUUUCCUGUUGCUCUCACAGAAGAAGCUUAUGAAUGCACUACAUAUAUGCGACUCUGUCAUAAUUUGGUUCACGGCACACCAAGUGACAGUCUUCUCUGGUUGACCAACCUGCAAGAGUCCCUUCCCUUCACCGAUCAAAUUUCUCUUUCCUUGACCAACGUGUUGGCCUCCAUAUUUAUCACACCCCAAUGUAAACACUUAUCGACAAAAGCUUUGGAAAAUUUGCUUGUUAUUGCAAAAAAAGAUGUCAGACAAGCCAGUUAUUUUUUGCCCCUGCUUCUCUAUCAGAUGGGACGAGAACCUGACCCUGUACUGAAGAGUACAAUCCUCAAGGCCCUACCAGAAUUGGCUCAGCAUAAAGCUUGUGUUGGGCCAAUCCUUAAAUCAAUCCAGGACUUAGGCCGCUUCAGCCAAUUAAAGCCCAUUUCAUUGUAUCUCCUCACCAAAUUGUGGAUGAUCCAAGACCGUUGCUUCCCACAACUGCACAAAGCCUUAACUGAAGAACCAAUCACAAGGCAAAGUACAACCGUGGCCAAACUAGAGCUGCUCUUUGCCCAAGCAUCAACAAUCAAGGAGAUUUGUCUUUUACGGCCUGUGCAACAUGGUGCAGACAUGUUGAGUCUCCUGUCAAAUAUUCUCAAUGUAUGCAGAAGUGAACACUGUACAGCUGCUGUUUGUUUAGCUUUGCAAGGUCUGUCUGGCCUGUGUGAAGCAGAGGUUGUAAGUAUUCAGAGUGUGUGGAAAUUACUCUCAACUCAACUGGCUAAUGACAAAAGGCCUGCCGUGACUAUCAAGAUCUGCGAAAUGUUUUCCUUGGUACCACAAUUAUCUGUUGAAAGUGAAGCCUUUGAGAAAUUCUAUGGCGAUGUUGUAAGUAUGCUAUGGAUCCUCACGCAGCGAUUUGGAUCUGUCACAGCUAAACGUACUGAUACUGAAGUCAGUGCAGCAGCAUUCAAAUCUCUUUCUGCAUUCAAGGCUGAAGAUUUCAAUAUUAACCAUUUCCCUCCCAAGGUUACUGAAGAUUUUCGUUUACAAGCAGAAGCAAUGGUUAAACUAAAGAUAGAAGAAAAUCCGGACAUAACAGUUGAGAGUCUUUUACCUGUUGUUCCUGGUGUUUGUUAUAUACGACUUAUUCGAACUUUCCAGUCAGAAGUACAAUUAGAGGCCUAUGAACAGUUUUUAAAUUCCCUCAUCAAUCAAGAAGUUCAGAAUUUGCCACGAGGAAUCUACCAUUCCUCAUAUCGAAAAACCCAUGUUGGUUCAUUCAACCAAGAGAAAGCUAUCAGUGAAAUCCCACCUUUAUUACUGACCCAGUAUGAAGGCAUAAAACAGCCGGGACUUCGACCUGGACUCGCAGCUGGUUUGUUAUUUGCCUAUAAUCCUUUCGUGAAUCCUGGUAAAGGUGGACAGCCAAGACCUCACCAUAUUGUUACUCAUGGCAAAAAUUAUCAACAAAUGUUCAGUACGCUUCUUCAUGAGGUUCCAGUCCAACCUUCAGAAUGGCAUCGAUGUGUUCUCAUGCCACAGGCCUGGGUCUCCUUCAUAGAUCGGUUAUUCACUGCAAUGAUCGAGGUGAGUGAUCCUUUGUUUCCAAUUCAUUCAUCUUUCAAUAACAGCUUUCAAGGCAUGAAGUUUUUAAUCACAUUUCCAUCAGUCUUUGUGCCACUGAAAUUUAUUUUAACCUCCAACCCACGUGUGCUGGUGUCUCUUAACAAAAAUCUAGCAAAUAAGAAGUAA